UUUCCGGGCCUGCUUUCUGGCCCGCAGACUCUUUUCGUUUCUCUUUCCUCUUCUAUUUCUUUUCUUGAGAUAUAAUUUCGGCAGCUUCUCCCUCUUAUUAGGCCCUAAUGCGAUAGGUAGGUAGGUAGGUAUUUCACUAUGCUUCUCAUGAUCCUUGCUGGAUUUACUGGAUGCUUCGGUUUGCUUAUUGCCUCAUAUGCCUUUAUUUGUUCAAUUUCUUCAUUUAUUUUUCCUUCCUCUUUUCUUUUUUCUUUUCUUCUUUCCUUCUUACGAUGGCGCUCUUCGAACUGUAUCACCCCCUUUUGUUAUUGUUAUAUCCUUCCUCAUCUCCAGUGUUAUGUUUGAUGUAAUGUUUCUGGUUUCCUUUUUCCCUUUUUUCCCUACCAACUCAUAUCAAUUCACGAAGCAGGUCUGGAUUAGGACGAAAUGUUUGAUGCGCGGAUGUGCUUCCCCGGCUUUGAUUUGCUUGUUAUGUCUUGUAUGGAUCGACUGUGUAGCUAGCCUGUUUUCCCUUUUUGUUCUCAAGCUCCAGUAGCAUUUCUUUUCAUUUAUUUGAUCAGAAUAGGAUAUUCAUUCAUUCCCGAU